CAUAGAUCGAAGAUAUUACGCACCUUCUUGCCGAGUCGAACAUCACCGACGUUUCUGCGGAACACAUUCGAGACUCCCUGAACAGCAAAUUCGCUGACGGCGAUGUCGACAAAACCGUCGAGUUCAUUCAGCUGCAAUGCAAGGCAAUGGCCGGCAAGGUUGCACACUACAAUCCCCAAAUCGAAAUGGUUGGCGCAGAGAAUAGGGGUAACGUCACAUGUUAUCUUGACUCCCUGCUGUUUGCCAUGUUUGCGAAACUGGACGCCUUCGAAUGUAUGCUGAAGAACGAAUUCACGGACGAACCAAGGCGUAAACUAGUCACGCUGCUCCGCUUGUGGGUGAACAUGCUCAGGAGCGGAAAGAUGAUUCACGCAGAUAUGACGAAACUGAUUCAGGAUGCGCUGGCUGAGUGCGGCUGGAGUGACGCCAAGCUCCUAGAACAGCAAGAUACUUCUGAAGCCUUUGCGUUUGUCACAGAAACGCUCCAAUUGCCCCUGUUGCAAUUACAAGUUGACCUCUUUCACCAAGGCAAGAACGAUAAGGACGACCACAAACUGGUCUACGAAAGACUUCUCAACCUCGCCGUACCUCCCGAUUCGGAAGGCAAAGGGAUCAGGCUAGAAGAUUGCUUGGAAGAAUACUUCAACACACAAGUUGAUGUACUCAGGGACAGCCACGAAGACAAGAAAGAGGCGGAGAGGGUAACCCCGAAUACAAACACGAAUGGGAUACGGAUUGUCACUCAAGAGAACGAAUUAGAGGCUGGCGCGCAAGACACGCUGAGUGCGUCUCCCGCGCAGCUUUCUCCAGUCCUUGAGCGGCGGUGGACAGCCUCGCAAACACCCAAUGGCGUGCCAGAGUCUCCCAGUAGCUCUUCGCGGCCAACCCCAAGACACCGUUCAACUAGUGUUAUACAACGCGUUGUACUGGAGGAGAAGGACAAAGACAAGGGGAAGGAGAACGAGCCGUCCACCAUGCUGGAAAGGGCGCGACGAACGAGCUCCACCGUGGUGAAAGCCGUGACGAUUCCAGCCUGGCAGUUUUUCAGAUUGAUUCCAUGGCACGCCGCCGGAAACAAGGAGCCUAAGAACGAUAUGGAGGUCGCUAUGAACUUCAACCAACGUCCUGUGGUCGGUAUCUGCCUGAAGCGGUACAUGAUGUCGAACUCCGGCGUUCCACAGCGCCAGAAUACCUUUAUCGAUAUUCCGGACAGUCUAAGGCUUCCGCACUUCAUGCUCGGCGACGAGACGCAGCUUGAGGAAGACCCCAACGGCUUCAGCAUGGAGUAUAAGUUAGUGCUACAGUCUGUGGUCUGUCAUCGUGGCGACUCUGUCUACAGCGGCCACUACAUCUCAUUCGCCAGAGUUGCGCCCAAACUCCUCACCGACAAUAGAAGACACGACAAUGACCCCCCUCCAGACUACGAGGAGGCGCAAUGGGUCAAAUUUGACGACCUGGAUAUCGAAAACAGGGUGACUUAUGUGGACGACAUCAAGCAAGCUUUGAAGGACGAGAUGCCCUACCUCCUAUUCUACCAGAUCGUACCGAUGGUAGAGGUAGCGUCAACAGAGGAGACCGAGACUGAGCCUCCUUCUUACAAUGAGUCCAAGGUCAGCGUCAACCUACCGACGACACCGAACCCGGUCAAUGGCAACAACUCUGGAAUGUCAUCGUCGCGGAGCGACUACUUUGAAAACACCUCGAUAUCUCCACCUAAAGCACCUAGCAUUCGCUUUUCGUCGGAAUUGGAACGUCCCAGCCGCAUAAGUUUCGGCGAUGACGAGCCGUACCUAGGUUUCAAGGAUUCUCGACGGGGCAGCGUUACCUUCACGGACUCUACCCUAGGCACGCCAGCAAUCACGCCGGAUGCUAUAUCGCCCGCCGUCACCCCGGGAGAAGAGACGACAGCACAAAGGCUUUCGCGAGCCGCCGCUCUAUUCACGGGCAAGAGCAAGAGCAGGCCUACGAGUCAAGCAGGAGAGGGUCGCAUCAGUCUUACCAUGACUCGACUCGGCGGGCUCAUGCGACCCAGCAAGGAGCCACUCCGGGAUCCCAACAGUAACAUGAGCAGCAACGCGCUCGCCACGUCCAUCAGUGCGCCUAUUCCUGAUCCAGUGACUGAGGAGGAAUUUGUCGAGAACGCUGAUGCAGAACCAACACCCGUUGCUGCGCCAGUCGUAGAAACCGACAGAAAAGACUCCAAAGAUUUCAAAGAAAGGAAGUCAUCAGAGCAUCAUCACAGGCAUCACAAGAGAGGCAAAUCCAAGAGCCGCUCUACAGAGAAGAAGAAGCACAAGGAUGGAGAUGAGCCGGAGCGAGAGUGUGCAGUGAUGUAAAGACAUUGCCGACGACAGAUCAAAACAGACUAAGACGAGUGACAGUCAGAGAGACAGAGUCAUGAGUUUACCAGCGCGUUGAUGUAUUUGGGGUAAGAUUCGACGAGAGCUUGUCUCGGCCCUGGAAUAGCGAGGAGUUUGGUGGACCGAGAUAGACUUGGGAAGCAGAGGAGAAAGAGGUACAUACUUACAGUGUGGGUGACUGCGCGAGAGAGGUCACAGCGCCUACAGAUGAUGAGCAGCACGAGAAGGGCGUUUCCCGGAGUUUUGUGUUGUUUCCUUUUGGGACGAUGAAAAGAAGAAGAACGGAAUACCACGGAAUUGGAAGCAAUGAGGGAGGGAGUCGAUAUUUAGCCAUCCCCCUCUCUGCACACCACAGAUAGCUUGGGAUAUAAUAACAUUGUUGAUGACUGGGUCGUCAUUCAUCAAGAUUCAGCUACCUGACC